CGAAUGGGCGUGGCGGGAAGAGAACUCAGAGGAGACUUUGUGUUUGGUCGAUGCAUGUGCAGCCUGGAUAAGUGUCCGUGUGACUUCCUGUGAGCUGGUAUAGUAUUGUGUUAGCGGGCAGCGCCAAGGCAUUAUCUAUAUAGCCGGGUAACAAGUACGCGCUGCCAUGGCAGAAGAGGAGGACGACUAUAUGUCUGAUGCUUUUAUCAACUCUCUACAGGAUGUGAGGCCAGGCAUGCCUAUGCCAAGGAGGGUGAAAGACGACUAUGAGAAAGAGGAAAAACACAAGGAAGCGAAUAUAAAAAACAGGCAACGAAAAAUAAAAGAGGUGGAAAAAGAACAAAGAGAUACAAAGCUUAAUGAGGCUCUGGGAAAUGAAAACAAGGGGUUUGCCUUACUUCAAAAAAUGGGCUAUAAAAAGGGCCAAGCACUUGGAAAAAAAGGUGAUGGCAUUGUUGAACCAAUCCCUCUGAACAUCAAAACAGGCCGCAGUGGCAUUGGCCAUGAAGAAAUGAAAAAAAGGAAAGCAGAGGAGAACCUUGAAAAUUAUAGGAGGAAAAUACAGAUGAGGAAACAUGCUGAAGAACAGGCAACUGAUGAUUUCAGAAUGAGGAUGAAGAAUAAAAAAGAAGAAAUCAGACUGCGAGCUGAUCUUAGCAAGAGCCAGAGAGCAUGCGUGUUGUUAGAUGGACAGAAGAGUAUAAGCACACCCAGAGAAGCUUGGUAUUGGCCCAAACUGAAUGAGCAGGAAGAAGAAGAAGAAGAUGAUGAAACGGAAGAGGAUGAGGAUUUGGUAAAAGAAGAGCUAAGCACAUUAGAAAAACUUCAAAUCUUGACAAGCUAUUUGAGAGGAAAACAUCUAUUUUGCAUCUGGUGUGGGACAACGUAUCAAGAUGAAGACGACAUGGAAUCAAACUGCCCAGGGGAUACCGCAGACGAUCACGACUGAUUAUGAGGCAACAAUAAGAGAGAUUUGGCAAAUGUAUAAUCCAGGACUGUUGAGGAAAAAGCUUAAUGACCAUAAACAUUGCUCACUUAUGAAAUAGAUAAAGGUGUCCCAUAGGCCACUGUUACUAUUUUUAUAGGAAAUUGUUUUUUUUCCGGCUACACCGACAACAGAUGCUAGGUUUGUUAUGUAUUAGAAAGAAAAAGUUCAUACAUAGCAAGACGUGGAUACUGCUGUACAAUGAAUCUGUUGCACCAGUGUAACUUAAAUUACUUAAAGAGCCACAACAAGCUAUAUGGUGCAUGAUGCUUUCAGAGACUCUCAGUGAUGUUUACAUACAUUAUAUUCAAAUGUGUAUAUAUAUAUUUGCAUACAUACAUACAUACAUACACAGCAGGGAAAAUAAUUAUUGAACACGCCAACGGUUUACUCAGUAAAUAUAUUUCUUCUUGUGCUAUUGACAUGAAAUUUACACCAGACAUCGGUAACAACCUAAGUUAUCCACACAUACAAAGAAAUCAAAACAAAAAAAUCCAUAGAUUAAGUUGUGGAAUGACACAAAGGAUAAGUAUUCAACAUGCUUACUGAAAUGUAUUUAAUAGUUAGUAUAAAAGUCUUUGUUGGUAAUGACCGCUUUAAGUUGCCUCCUGUAUGGCAAAACUAGUCGCAUGCAUUGCUCAGGUGUGAUUUUGGCCUAUUCUUCCACACAAACUGUCUUCAAAUCUUGAAAGCUCCAGAGGCCUCUUCUAUGAACUAUGUCUACCCUUGUUUCAUCUUCAACAUUCUGGUAGAUGACUGCAGAUUCUUUUCAAGAAUGUCCCUGGUACAUUUGUCCAUUCAUCCUUCAUUCAAUUAUAAGUCUGCCAGUACCAUAUGCAGAAAAACAGCCCCACACAAUGAUGUUCCCACCUCCAAACUUCACUGUUGUUUUUGGGGUGAUGUGCAGUGUCAUUUCUCCUCUAAACAUGGUGUGCAGAGACAUCCAAAGAGUUCAAUUUUGGUCUCAUCUGACCAGACUAUAUUCUCCCAGAAUUUUUGGCUUGUCCAUACGUUGUGUUUCUUCAGCAGUGGAGUCUUGUGCGGUGACCGUGCAUAGAGUGCAUUACUUAUUGUUUUCUGUACUGAACUGCUACCUGCUAAUUCAAGGUAUUUCUGAAGCUCUCUGCAAGUGACCAUUGGCUCUUAGACAACUCUUCUGAUUAUUCUUUUGACUCCUUAGUAAGAAAUCUUGUGAGGAGCACCUGGUCAUGGCCAAUUUAGGGUGAAAUGAUGUUCCUUCCACUUCCAGAUUAUGGCCCCAACGGUGCGCACUUGAACAUUCAGAAGCUUAGAAAUACUUAUGUAACCAAUGCCAUCAGUAUUUUUGUAACAAUAAGGUUGCAAAUAUCUUGAGAGAGCUCUUUGCGUUUACCCAUCAUGAGAUGCUUCUCGUGUGAUACCUUGGUAAUGAGAGAACUUUUUACUAGGCCAUCAAUUAGGACUAAACCAGCUGAUAUUAAUUUGCACUGAUAGGGGCAGGAUUGAUAAAUACUGACAGAUUUCAGCAGGUUUCUUGGCUUUCCAUGCAUUUUCUUCAUGUAUUCAAUACUUAUUCCCUGUGUAAUUCCACUUUAUUACACACAACUUAAUUUAUUGAUUUAUUUGUUUGGAUUUCUUUGUAUGUGUGGAUUAUUUGGAUUGUUACCGACAUCUGGUGUAAAUUGCAGAUCAAUAGCCCCAUUAGAAAUAGAUUUACUGAGAAAAACAUUGACGUGUUCAAUAGUUAUUUUCACUGCUGUAUAUAGUCACUGUAGAUACCGGCUCUCACCAUAUCAUGAACACUUUCCGGGUGCUUUCUCAAACCAAAUCAAACAGUAUCAAAAACUGGAAGCACCCACUGGCAUAGAAAGAUUAAUGAAUUUAUUGAAACUUCACAUAGUCCCCAUAUCAAAGCGUUUCGGUUCACCUUCAACUGUUUGGACCAUUUGAAGUUUCAAUAAUGCAUUAAUCUUUCUGUGCGUGUGUAUUUUUUAAUUAAAAUCUAAAGUGUGUAAGCCUUGUAGUAGUUUAGUACUUUUUCGUUCAUUGGUUCUUUGCUACCACCAAAUGUUUGUGUCAGCUACUGUAAAAAUUAUGUGUAUUUGGGUCUUGUUAUUCUGAUUUAUAUAUAUUAUACAAGAGUGCUACUUUUUGUUUCUUUUAAAUUAAAAGUGCUUAUGUA